AUGAAAAAUAAAAAUAAACCCCACCACACUGUUAAAGGAAGGCAUCUUAAAGUGCAUGCUUUAAAUCCAAGACCGCACGAUUUGGACCAAGAUUUACCACAGAAAACGAAUCAUGAUCUUGUAUUCUACCCUACGAAUGCUUUGCAGAGAAAUGAAGAUCUGGAUGCUUAUUUGCGUUAUCAACUUUCUCUUGCUAAAACCAAACUGAACAGCAGGGCACAUACAUUGCUGUUUUUGCAGCGAGGAUGGUGGAAAAGAACUCUGAGCGUCGCUGGAUUCCUUUGUAUUUUCAUCGGAUGCCUUUACCAGUGCUGUGCUUUUCUGAAAUUAUACUUGCUAUUUCCAACAACGAUGGAGCUAAACGUGGCGAACGAGCCAGUACUUGAUUUCCCAGCAAUUACUGUCUGCAACAGCAAUCCGGUUCGCUACCAGGUGUGGUGUCAAGACAAUCCACAGCCUUGCAUUAGGAAACCAAAUGAAACAUUAGAGGAAAUCUCUAAAAGAUUGGCUAAACUCUACGAUAAACUUUCCAAAGAACGCCGAAUUGAACUGGGUAUUCCUUACAAAGAUUUUGUGAUUUACGCCGCGUACGAAGAAGAAGUGAUCACAGAACCAUUCGACAGGUACUAUGAUUACGAAUUCACCAAUUGUUACACUUUCAACGCUCUCUGGGGAAACCAAACUCGACAUUUGAGAAAAGCUGACGUCUUCAAUCCUAUCACAGGCAAGUCUUCAGAAUUGAUCUUGUGCGUCAACAUUGAUGUGAAUAAUUACAAUAAUCUGUCUGGUUCUGUAGUAGGAAGAGUUAUGAUGUCCAUUCAUGCCAAUGACAUCGUGCCCAACCCAACUUAUGAUGGAGCAAGCUUAGAGGCUGGGGAAAUGUAUUCAUACGGAGUUCAAAAAGUGACAACCGAAUUACUUGAGUAUCCUUAUCAAACGGCGUGUCGCAACUAUGACAAAGAAAAGGAAGUGCGUACUGGCGCCAGAAUGAGUCAGAAGAAUUGCCUUUUAGAGUGUUAUAAGUCGGAAACUGAGAAGGCCUGCGGAUGUACAUACAGGCGUCUGUCCUUGAUGUACGGGGGGACACCUUGCGAAUUUGAGUUUCAAAAUCAUUGCUUGCUGGUGGUGGAAGACAAAGUAUUCCAAACUUGUAACCCACAAUGUCCAAUGGCGUGCAAACAAAUUGAAUUCAAAUAUGUUGCAACUGACAGUGAACCACUCAGGAAGGAGGAUCCUCUGUAUGAGAAAAUGCAAGUAAAUAAGAUUUUCCAAUCAAGCGAAGAAAUGAACAAAAAUAUGGCUUGUUUACGUAUUCAUUACGGUUCAACGGAAACGAGAACUAUGACUUAUCGUCCAAAAUAUGCGUUUAUUGAACUUUUCAGUCUGCUCGGCGGUUACAGUGGUUUAUGGCUUGGAUUCUCUUUGCUGAAAUGUUACGAAGUUUUUAUCUUGAAGAUAGCAGAUCUGAAAAAGAAGAAAAAGAUGGAAAAUAGCAAAGCUAAAAAAGUAAAGAAACGGAAGAAAUAUUACUGUUAAUAAAAAUAUUAUGAAUAUCCUAUAUUUUACAGUUAAUAAAUGCUAACCGAA